UGAUAUUCCCUCCCUCCUUUUUCGAUAUCAUGAUCCACGUAGCUGUUCAUUUGCCCCGUGAGGCCAUACUUGGGGGACCAGUUCAAUAUAGGUGGAUGUACCCAUUUGAGAGAUAUCUCGGCAAAUUCAAACGGUAUGUUAAAAAUAAAGCUCGACCAGAGGGUUCAAUAGCCGAGGCCUACAUUCACACUGAAUGUUUGACAUUUUGCUCCAUAUACCUCCAAGAUGUUGAGACGAAGUUCACUCGAGCAGACCGCAAUAUUGAUGCUGAUGAAGAGGAAAAUAUAGAUGGAUUCAGAAUUUUUAACCAGAAAGUUCGUCCCUUGGGUAUAGCUUCCAAUGUGCAAUUAGAAGAUAAACUUUUUAAGGCAGCCAUCUGGUAUGUGCUCAACAAUUGUUCGGAGAUUGGAGCCUAUAUACAGUAAGCAUCAAUGAGUUUCCUACAAAAUCUACUUACUUGCACUUUAUCCAGUUUUUAUAUAUGCAACAAUAACGUCUUGCCAUUGUUGGUUUGCGAUUCCGUGCACCCAAAUAUAGGGAACACUACGAGAAAUGUAAAGUGCAACACCCAAGUUGCAUCGAUCGCAUGCAUCAAACUGAAUUUCCCACUUGGUUCAAGCACCGUGUAAGUUCUUCUCCAUCCUUAUCUCCGUUGACUUUACUCUCAGGUUUUUCUGACAUGUUUUGGAAAGAUGAAAAUAUACAUUGUCAAUUUUCUUCGAUUUUUUUAUAGAUCCAGGAACAUCGUACGGAGACUCCACUUGAUGUAUUUGCUGAUCUGUAUGCGUUGGCUUGCGGCCCUGACCGGUUGAUUGCAUCAUAUGAUGCUUGCAUAAUAAAUGGAAAAAGGUUUCAUACGAAGCAUCGUGAAUCGCGCCGGCGUACACAAAAUUCCGGAGUGUUGGUAAUCGGGGAUGACGCCACAAAUAACGCAGACUUUUACGGUUGUAUCCAAAAUAUCAUCGAGUUACGCUACAUGGAGUGGCGUCGGGUGUAUCUAUUUGAAUGUACUUGGUUUGACGUUGGUGAUAGAAAACGAGGGGUGCGGGUGGAUGACCAUAUGAUUAGUGUCAACAUGAACAGGACUUGGUAUAAGGAUGAACCAUUCGUGUUGGCGAGUCAAGCUGAUCAAUGUUUCUACAUAAGAGAUUUAAGGGCGAAAGGGAAUUGGGGUGUUGUGCAGAACUAUACAAAUAGGAAUGUAUACAACAUUCCGUCCGUGCCGAGGAUUCAGGAAGAUAUUAAUGAUGGUUUUCCAAGUACUAAUGAGGCUGAUCAAGAAAGUGAGUCAUCAUAUUAUUAUGAACCAGUUCAGUGCGAUAAUGCAGAUCCAAUGUGGAAUCAACUGGAUAGGAUUGAUAUACCACCUAGUCAUAUUGAUGCACGAGAAGUCAUGCAUGUGGAUGGUCAAUGCAUAGAAGAAUCUGGAUUUAUUAAUGAUGACAUGAUUCCUUCUGGUUCUGGAGAUGCGACUAGUGAGUCAUCAUAUUCAGAUGAUGAUGACCUAUCCACAGACGAAGAGUGAGGGAGCAACAUUACUACAUUGCAUUAAGGCUGAAGUGGACAAAGUUUGGGUUGGAUUUUCUUCCUCAUAUCUCGACUAGUUUAUCAUGCAAUCCCAUCUUCAAGUUGGAGGCAUGAGGAGCACUAUUACUCCUCAAGGUGACCGAGCGGGACCCAGUUCUAGAGGUGGAGGGAGACUUCGAGGUAUUCGUGCUCGGCGACAUGUACCAUACUCGGCUCGCCACAACCGACCACGGGGAGCGAAAAUCUCCUCAUAUCAUAGCCCUGAGGAGGGUAAUCAAUCAUCAUCGGAUGACUCGACACAGCCCCCAAGUCCCCCACCAGCAAAUAUACUAAUUCCCACACCUGCGCCUAUUCGAGAACCCUUACAAGUGCGGGAACAAUCGCCUCCUAGAGAAGAAUCGAGAAUGGAAGAAAGCAGUAUACCAGAAACUGUUGCGGACGCCCCCACGGGGCCCGAACUAACGCAGCAACAGAGAAGAAGAUAUCGUGGGCCCGCUAGAUGCAUAGAGUUUGAGAAGGUGAGGAAGUACGGUAAAGUGCCCUUAAAGAUAAACGAUGGUGAGACAGCCCCGUGUUGUGAACACGCUUCUAUGUUCACAACACGAGUAUCAUGGAUUGUUAAGCAAUUUUGUGACAUGAGUCAUGCGCGAUGGACUGAUGUCCCGGCUGCCAUGAAAGAGGAGCUCAUUGACCGCGUUCGGUCUGACUUCGUGCUCGACUGGGAACGUGAAAACCACCGAUUGACGGUGACAAAGGCACUUCGUAAGCGCUUCAACAGCUUCCAUCACGACUUGCACAAGAUUUACGAAUCCUUUGGAAGCCAUGAAGAGGCGUUAGCUCAUGGGACAAGCUUAGUGGACCCCCUUGUAUGGGUCAAGUUGUGUGGUAGGUGGGGCAGUGACGCCUUCAAGAAAAUUUCAAGUCAAAAUCGGGAGAACCGAAAGAAGCAGGCAAUUAAUCACACAUCGGGACGUAAAUCAUUCGUCCGAAUACUUGAGCAAAAGCGCGCUGAGAAUGGAAAUUUGGUGGACUUCUAUAAGGAGACGCGCUGGUCGAAGAAGAAGAAUAAGUUUGUGACAGAUGCUACUGAAGAUGCUUACAAGGAGAUGCAAGGUAGAUUGGAUGGCCUAGAACCAGAGCAACGUUGUGAUGAGGCAGCAGCGAGUGUCUUUAGGGAGGUCCUUGGCCAUCGACCUGGAUAUGCGCGAGGACUCGGAGAGAUGGUCAUCCCUGAGUCCUCGCGACAACGUGACCAAGUGAAAAUGCAAUGCUACCUAUCUGAGAUUGAAAGACACAAGAAAGAUGCUGAACAACACAAGAAAAAUGCUGAUGACUAUAAGAGUCAGCUGGAAGAAAUGAGAUCAGAGAUGCGGGCUCUUAGGGAGCAUCAGUUUGCGACCGACAGAUUGCUUCAGUCCUUUUUUAAGGAUCAUCCGUCAUUCACUGAGUCAUAUCGACAGACUCAGUGUAAUGAGCCCUCCGACCCAUAAGGGGGGGUCCUACGUUUUUUGCCUGUUUGGGUGGUAUUUUGGUAGUCGAUGGUGACAGCUGGGCAAUAUAUAUAUUACUAUAUAUAUAUAUAUAUAUACUAAACGAACUAUGUCAACACCGGGGAGAUAAGCAACUCUCGGCCUAAUGCCGCUUUUUGGAGGAGUGUUUUGAGCAUAUAUUCCGGUUUUGUGAUUUCUGGAAAACUUAUCCGAGGGUUCCGCUGCCUCUUUGCCAUGCCUAACUCGAAAGACUUCAAAACCAAUAGGCUGAUACUUUGAUAGGGGAAGAGGCUCGGUAUCUUCGCCUGGCAAUGGGGCAUGAAAAACAAUCCCUUGAUGCUCUUGGUGAAGCACACAGUACUUGCCUAAAUGAUCUCAUGAACUUUCCUACCCGUAAUGCUUACGGUCUCUCAAGUGUUGCUGGAAACAUAGAGAAGCUUGCAGCUUUGCAGAAUGAAUUUGAAAUUGUGAAGAAGAAGAUGGAUGGUGAUAAAGCCAAGGCAGAACAAAUAGUGAGAAGAAGGUCAAAGUAGCUUCACAUGGUUAUGAGUGUUGCUGGAAACAAAGAGAAGCUUGCUAAUUUGCAGAAUGAAUUUGAAAAUGUGAAGAAGAAGAUGGAUGGUGAUAAAGCCAAGGCAGAAAGCCUUGAGAAUAAGGUCAAAGUAGCUUCACAUGGUUAUGAGGGGUGGACCUGUUGACUGCAUAGCAAAUGAGCAAUUGUACUAACUCCAACCAUGGAGAAACGAUGGGCCUGGGAUGCACUUAUGUACAAAGACUAAGGGGAAAAUACGCAUGUACUGACUUCCAUGCAAUAUGGAAAUAGGUGUCAGCAAAAUGUUCAUGCUCGCCACCUUUCUCAGACAACCAAAGUGCCCAAGUGUGGGUGGAAAUGUCCCAAACAUAGGUCUCACUUGUUAGAUUAAUGUGUAACUUGGAAUAGAUUGGUAUUUAGUGAUACUACAAUCUUCAAAUCAAUUAUAUAAUACAGAUGAUAGUUUAUUAUGUAAUUAAUAGCUCAGCUUGUAUUUGAGAUAUGAUCAGAAUACAUUUCCACCCAAUGAUAGUAUAGUUAAUUGAUUUGUCA